CAGUUCCUGGCCUUUGGAAACUCUUGUUGUGUCCUAUUGGACUGGAUAUGUCCAUUUUAACGUGAAGAUGGAUUUAACUUUCGUGAUCUUGUGGCUAUUGACAGUUCUCUUGGAAGGCGUCACUAGCCAAGGGGUUUAUGCUCCGCCUACUGUUCGGAUUAUCCAUUCAGGCUUGGCCUGUAAUAUUGAGGAAGAAAGAUAUUCAGAACGUGUCUAUACGAUACGGGAGGGAGAAACUCUGGAGUUAACCUGCCUAGUCACAGGACACCCCCGCCCACAGAUCAGGUGGACCAAAACAGCGGGAAGUGCAUCAGAUCGAUUUCAAGACUCCAGCGUUUUCAACGAGACCCUUCGGAUUACAAAUAUCCAGAGGCACCAGGGAGGCAGAUAUUAUUGCAAGGCAGAAAACGGGCUUGGUUCCCCUGCAAUAAAGUCUAUACGAGUGGAUGUAUACUAUUUGGAUGAUCCCAUUGUGACUGUCCAUCAAAGCAUAGGAGAAGCAAAAGAACAAUUUUAUUAUGAGCGGACAGUUUUCUUACGAUGCAUUGCGAACUCCAAUCCCCCUGUCCGAUACAGCUGGAAACGAGGUGAAGAGAUUUUGCUUCAGGGGUCGGACAAAGGAGUGGAGAUAUAUGAGCCUUUCUUCACCCAGGUAGGAAAUAAGGGUGAAACCAAAAUUUUGAAGCUAAAAAAUCUUCGGCCUCAGGAUUAUGCCAAUUACACCUGUAUCGCUUCUGUGCGAAACGUCUGCAACAUUCCUGACAAGAUGGUUUCCUUCAGGCUAUCCAACAGAACAGCAUCACCGUCUAUUAAACUGCUGGUGGAUGAUCCCAUUGUUGUAAAUCCGGGGGAAGCAAUAACGCUAGUGUGUGUCACGACAGGUGGAGAACCCACGCCGACACUGACUUGGGUUAGAUCUGUUGGGAAUCUCCCAGAAAAGGCGGUACUAAAUGGAGGGACGCUUACUAUACCGUCCAUCAUGUCGGAGGAUGCUGGGACCUACAGCUGUGUCGCCAACAACAAUGUCGGCAAUCCAGCAAAAAAGUCCACCAGUAUCAUUGUAAGAGCUUUAAAAAAAGGCCGUUACUGGAUAACCCCAGACCCCUACCACAAAGAUGACAACAUCCAGAUAGGUCGAGAGGUAAAAAUAUCCUGCCAAGUGGAAGCAGUCCCAUCCGAAGAGCUGACAUUCAGUUGGUUUAAAAAUGGGCGGCCACUGCGAAGUUCUGAAAGGAUGGUCAUCACUCAGACGGACCCCGAUGUCUCUCCGGGUACCACUAAUCUGGAUAUAAUUGACUUAAAAUUUACAGACUUUGGGACCUACACGUGUGUGGCAUCACUUAAGGGAGGAGGAGUUCCAGACAUCAGUAAUGAUGUCAACAUAUCGAGCAGUACAGUCCCACCCAACCUCACUGUUCCAAAAGGCAAAUCUCCGAUGGUCGCCAGGGAAGGAGAUACAAUCGAACUACAAUGUCAAGUCUCUGGAAAGCCCAAGCCAAUUAUAAUGUGGUCUAGAGCUGACAAAGAGGUUCCCAUGCCUGAUGGAUCGAUGCAGAUGGAGAGUUAUGAUGGAAUAUUAAGGAUUGUAAAUGUGUCUCGAGAAAUGACGGGAACAUACAGGUGUCAAACCAGUCAAUACAAUGGAUUUAAUGUCAAGCCAAGAGAAGCCAUGGUUCAGCUGAUCGUGCAAUACCCACCUGCUGUAGAGCCCGCCUUUCAGGAAAUAAGGAAAGGCCUUAGUUCCAGUGUCACCAUGAACUGCAGAGUCUUACGGGCAUAUCCAAACAAAGUUCUUAUGUAUGAAUGGAGACUGGGGAACAAGCUGCUAGAGAAGGGACAGUUUGAUUCUCAAGAUUACACAGAACUGACUAUCACUAUCCAUGCCAAGGAGCAUUACGGCACAUACAACUGUAGUAUAAUUAAUGAAGCUGGAUCAGGACGAUGUAGUUUCCUCAUAACAGGUAAGGCCUACCCCCCGGAAUUCUACUAUGACACCUACAAUCCAUUAUGGCAGAGCAAAGCCAGCAUCUACUCAUACAGUUUACAGUGGACACAGAUGAAUCCAGAGGCUGUGGACCGAAUAGUGGCUUACCGUUUGGGACUUAAACAGGCAGGGCAACAGCGCUGGUGGGAAACUGAAAUUUCAGUGGAUGGGAGUAUUAAAAGGGGAGAGCUAAUUACAAACAAUCUGACUAAGCUUGUGAAGCCAGAACCAUAUGAGAUCCGUCUAACGCCUAUCAACAGAUUUGGAGAAGGAGACUCAGCUAUUCGAAUUAUCAAGUAUACAGCUCCGAUUAAUCCUCAUUUACGUGAAUUCCAUUGUGGAUUUGAUGAUAGUAAUAUCUGCUUAUUUACCCAAGACGAUGCUGACAUCUUUGACUGGACAAAGCAAAGUGCGGGCACAAGGGAUACUCGGUAUACUCCAAACACAGGACCCACCACAGAUGCUGGAGGAUCCAAGCAAGGGUUCUACAUGUAUAUUGAAACAUCACGACCUCGGCUAGAAGGAGAGACAGCUCGACUACUCAGCCCUGUAUUUAACAUAGCGCAGAAGAAUCCCUAUGGGUCCAGCAAUGCAGCUUAUUGUUUUAGUGUUUUCUAUCAUAUGUAUGGAAGACAUAUAGGGAGUUUGAAUAUAUUCCUCCGAUUAAAAGGGCAAACUAACACUGAAAUCCCUAUUUGGUCGACUAGUGGGAAUAAAGGGGAACAGUGGCAUCAAGCCCGUCUAACUAUACAUCCAACUACUUCAUUUCAGAUAAUAUUUGAGGGCAUUCGAGGUCCUGGUAUAGAAGGAGAUAUCGCCAUAGACGAUGUAUCAAUCGUAGAAGGAGAAUGUACCAGGAUGGAUCAGCCAGCCACUACUCCUCCUUCAGGUGUUAAAGUGUCUGGGACUUUAGUUCAUAUAUGGCUGUAUCCGGUUUUCCUUUUCUUUUCUUUAUUAAGUCAUCAAAGGUGACCAUACUUUGGCAGAGGCUACAAAAGAUUCACUAGGCACUGGUAUGAAGAAAGAGUCUUUGUAAAUGGACAUCUAGAAAACAAUCUACCAAAGAUUCCUCCACAAGGGCACUGGGAAUUAACAGAACAUUGGAAAAUACAUGACUAUAAACUACACUUGAGACCUGAAAUAUAAGAGCAGACCUCACAGUGCUUCUGUGGCUUUUACAAAUACAGUAAAAUCUGAAUAUUCUUUAUAAAAAAAAAAAAAGGAAUUAUGAAAUCCUUGUCAAAGCACAACGUCACGGCUGGUUUUCUUUCAAAUGAAAAGAGUUUGCUUGAUACCAUGGACACCUAAUGGCCUGCCAACCUAAACCUCACAGUUAACAGGGUACACCAAGAUCUGGCAUUCAUUUUCAGUUCAAGAAGGUUUUUAGUAAGGAACAAGUCUGCGUAAGCCCUCUUGCCUUGGCUGCCACCAUUCAAACCUGAACCUCUGUAGAACACGUAUACCAUUUUAUCACAGCUUUGCUACAAAAGGUAUGCUAUAUCUUUUUUGCAUGUAGUCGUCUCCAAGAAAGAGCAGCUCAGUCUUACAAGCUUUUUUCAGCUUUUGGGAUUUUGCUUGUGGACCGACCAUGAGUUCAAGUUACCAAGUCCAUCAGUUGUAACAAAGGAACCAAACCACCACCUUUUAUAAAUUGCCAGGAAACCAAGUGCCUUCAAAUAACAAGCCUGAAAAAGUUAGCUAAACAAGCUUGCACUGCUGUGAGUGGUUUGUGAAAAAAAUAAAAAUAAAGAAACAAACUGUUUUAUAUGCAAACUGCAGUCCACAAGAAGAGAACACAGGCCAGAUCAACAACAACAAAAAUUGCUACAGAAGUACAUAAACUUAUGUUGCUGCAUAAGAUCUUAAACGUCAUAUUUUUUUAACAUUUGUUUCACCUUUGAAAAAAACAGUCAUGGCCUUCUUGCGCAUUAUCAGUUUGACAAAAAAAAAAAGGAAAUCUCAACACAACUGGGAAGGAACAACUUUUCAUAUUACUGGUAACUGAAGUAGUUUGAAAAGUUGUCAAUAGACUUUCAAUCUUCAUUUUUUUUUUCCUCCUUUUGAAACGGGAAAGUCAUUUUCUUACUCUUAUCUACAUUUGAAAUGAAAUCAGUCUGAUCUUAAGAGGAAAGCGUUUUGAGCAGCAGACUGCAAUGUGUUCGACCCCGGCAGAAUCUCCGGGUCUGAAUUAUUGAUCUCAAAAUUUGAGGGUCCGAUGCCUCUGCCCACUAAUCAAACUCUGUGCAGAUUGUGACAUAGUAUUUUAUUAUUUUGGCAAGUUUGGAAAAAAAAAAGAUAUUACACUUUUACAUAAAACUGUAAAAAAAAAAAUUACUGAGCUACCUGAUUAAAUACAUACUUUAACCAGCCACUUUUUCAAUGCAUUGUAUAUGUCCCUUCUAACUUUGGCUAUGAACAUUUGAAAAUAUUUUUGGUUUCUUUAAAUUAUCUUAAAUUUUAACUUCAUUUA